GUCCGAUGUAUUACAAUGGAGUGUACCAUCUAUUCUAUCAGUACAAUCCAAAAGGAGCGGUAUGGGGAAAUAUUGUUUGGGCUCAUUCAGUAUCUAUUGACUUAAUUAAUUGGAAUCGUGUAGAGCAUGCAAUUUAUCCAUCCAAAGAGUUUGACAAAUAUGGUACAUGGUCUGGUUCAGUCACUAUUCUCCCGGAUAACAAGCCUGUUAUUCUGUACACUGGAAUAGUGGAUGCUAAUAAUACUCAAGUGCAAAACUAUGCCAUACCUGCUGAUGUGUCUGACCCAUUACUUCGUAAGUGGAUCAAGCCUGAUAAUAAUCCAUUAAUAGUUGCUGACAAUAGCAUCAAUAAGACCCAAUUUCGUGAUCCAACAACCGCAUGGUUGGGCCGAGAUGGACAGUGGAGGAUGGUGGUUGGUAGUGCUAGAAGACAUAGAGGAGUGGCAAUAUUAUAUAAGAGUAGGGACUUCUUAAAAUGGACCAAAGCCCAGCAUCCACUUCAUUCUUCUUCCAAGACUGGAAAUUGGGAAUGUCCUGAUUUUUUCCCAGUGUCAUUGAAUCAUACAAAUGGUUUGGACACAUCAGUUGAUGGUGAGAAUGUUAAACACGUCCUUAAAGUUAGUUUGGAUGAUACAAGAUUUGAGUACUAUACAAUUGGUACUUAUGACACAAAAAAUGAUAGGUAUAUUCCGGACGAUACAAUGAUAGAUGGAUGGAAGGGAUUGAGAUUGGAUUAUGGUAAUUUUUAUGCAUCAAAGACUUUCUAUGAUCCUAGCAAGAAUCGAAGAGUUUUGUGGGGAUGGGCCAACGAAUCGGAUGUUGUUCCAAAAGAUGCUAUCAAGAAAGGAUGGGCAGGAAUUCAGUCUAUUCCUCGCAAAUUGUGGCUUGAUCCUAGUGGUAAACAGUUGGUUCAAUGGCCGGUUGAAGAAUUAGAAACCCUCAGAAAGAAAAAGGUUGAGCUAAGAAAUCACAACUUGGACAAAGGAGAAACAGUUGAAGUUGAAGGAAUCACGGCUACACAGGCUGAUGUUGAAGUGACAUUUUCUUUUUCAAGCUUGAAAAAUGCAGAAGAAUUUGAUCCUAGUUGGACCGAUCUUUAUGCCAAAGAUGUAUGUGCCAUUAGGGGUUCAUCAGUUCAAGGUGGACUUGGGCCAUUUGGACUUUUAACAUUGGCUUCUGAAAACUUGGAAGAAUACACACCCGUAUUCUUUAGAGUGUUCAAGGUUCAAGAUAAAUACAAGGUUCUCAUGUGCUCUGAUGCAUCAAGGUCAUCUGCCAGAAGUAACCCCAAAAUGUAUAAACCAUCGUUUGCUGGAUUUGUUGAUGUUGAUUUAUCAGACAAAAAACUAUCGCUAAGAAGUUUGAUUGAUCAUUCUGUAGUCGAAAGCUUUGGUGCUGGUGGAAAAACAUGUAUUACAUCAAGGGUCUAUCCAGCAUUAUCCCUCUUCAGUGAAGCACGUUUACUUGCUUUCAAUAAUGGUAUUGAGACAAUCACAAUUGAGACUCUUAAUGCGUGGAGCAUGGAUAAACCCGAUAGAUAAACUAAAAUGUUGG